AUGGAGGGCAAGGCACCACGUGGGUGUGCUCUUUACCAGACGUCAAAAUUCUUGGGUCCGGCUUUUUCUGUUGUGUCAAGAUCAGGUUUCCAAGUUUUGAAGAGACAAAGCUGGAUCAUUGACGAUAUCCACCAUGUGAGCCCAAGGGAUGUUCUAUACCUACCUAUUUGCGCCUAUUGUAAACUUGAUCCAUCUGGCACCAACUCUACAGCUCGAUCGAUACCGAUACCCUUUGGCGAUCCCGCGAUUGGCGAUGUCAUGACCCCUCGCACGCGUCUAGUUAUUAAUGACCUCCCAAAUUCCAGGGAACAUCCCGCCUGCACCCGCGUCGGUCAAAUGCCUCAAGGGCCCGUACCUGGAAAGAUCAUCGUCUGCCAUGUUUUGAAUUCUUUUGCUUCUUCCCGAGCGGUAAACGCGGGGUUGAACUACCGUACCUGAUCUAGCUCGUGUGAAUUCAUCAGGCUUCAGGCUCAAAAGAGACAAGAAUGCUUUGGCUUCGCCGCUCCCAAGAUAGAAAAAACACGGGGCUCCUAAGCCACGCUAUUGGGCUGAGGGUAUCACGACAAAGACUGGCGGUGAGCAGGAAUGAGAAUGUGAGGAUAUGGCGCCCCUCUUGGCGGAGCCCUGUUGGCUCCCCGCAGCAUCAGGCUCAAUUGGUUUGUUUGUUUGGAUUGGAUCCCUCUUUUGAUUCUGUAACUCGGACGACCAUGAAUGAGCAAGGAGAGGUUUUGGUCGAUGUCAAUGCUAUAGGCACGUGGAGGAUUAUCAUCGGAUUGGUCCUGUUUCACGUCGCAAGGGAUGAGAUUUCUUUGUCUCCUUGGCGUCUCAAUGGGAGGGGAAUGGCUUCACCGUAAGAUCGAGUAGAUGUCAGCUAUAGCAUUGGUGGGAAAGGGAUGUGACUGGCUCAUGCAGCUGAUCAUCCCCUGAUGUU